UUGCCUAGAGAUAAGGACAAGAUAGACUUAAGUAUUUGCCAACCCUUCCUUAGAGUUUGCUUUUAGGUUGGUUAGGCUCAACUCAGCCCUAGUACAAUUUUACGAGCAAUCUGCUCUGUUGAUUUUUCUCUUUCCUCAUUGAAUUACUUAAAUUUUCCCAAAUUGUUGCAGUUGAAUGUUUUGGCAAUGUAUGAUCAAACAAAUGUCGACUAUAAUUGAAGAUGAUUUGUUCAACUUGAUUUAAAAUUUUAGGAAAAAUUAUCUUUGUAAUGCUCCUCUGUGAUUUUUUUUCUUGUUUCUCCAAAAAGGUCUGGGGCUCAAAGUGGAACGAAAGAUCAUACUUCAGAACAAGAAAAGUAAAACUCGACCACGAGUGUCUUUCCAUGGCUGUCCUUGUACAGGAAGUGAUAAAUACGGACUAUGCUUUUGUCAUCCACACAACCAAUCCGUCUUCUGGAGACGCAUCAGAAAUAUAUGUUGAGGUGGUAAAGGGGCUCGGAGAAACACUCAUCGGAGCUUAUCCUAGACGUGCUUUGAGUUUUAUAAGCAAAAAACAUGAUUUGAACUCCCCUCAAAUCUUCGAAUAUCCUAGCAAACCUAUUGGCCUGUUUAUUAGAUGGUCAAUUAUUUUUCGAUCUGAUUCCAAUGGUGAAGACCUAGAAGGUUAUGCUGGAGCUGGCCUUUACGACAGAUGCUCUGUAUUGUUUAUGCAAAGGGGGAAGGCCUUCUAUGACUUCCAGUUCAACAACACAAGGCUUGUAAAAUCCCCAAGCCUUAUGUACGAUCCAAGGGAAAGAAGUUUGACACGGCUAGAGAAAGGAGGAACAACAAAGGACUUAGGGUUUAAGUGGUAUUGUUUUUGUAUUUUUCUUCAGUUUUUAGUUUUCGAAUUUGAAUUCAAGAUUUAUUUUGUAUUUGAGUAUUAGUUUUUUAAUGUAUAAAAUAACUAUAGCAAAAAUUAUAUAUGACACUAAUUACUAUUUGA